AUAUGGUCAUUCUGAUUUAUAUGUAUUUAUGUAGUAGAACAAUUCCAAGUUUCAAUUUUCUUCCAGUUUGCUUGCCAUAAUUUUUGCUAAAAAAUGGGACACUAUCAAUCCAACUCGGUCACCAUUGGGAGUAACCACAUCACAAUUGAAGACAUUGGCCGACUAGCGUUGCAAGAUUCCGUCUGCGAAUUGUCGACACAGGCGGAAUUCGUGGAGCGGAUUCGCCUGGGUCCUACCACGGUGGAAAAAUUGGUGAAAGAGGGUCACGUAAUUUAUGGCGUUACGACCGGAUUGGGCGAGUCUUGCACGGUAACAAUUUCGCCCCAACUGAUUGCCGAACUACCAAGCCAUGUCAUUCAGUUUCAUGGGUGUGGAUCAGGCGCCUACUUUGAUGACCGGCAGACAAGAGCUAUUCUGGCGGCGAGGCUUAUCUCGCUGGCUAAAGGGUACAGCGGGGUGCGUCUCGAGCUCCUGGAACAAAUCGCGGGUCUUUUAAGGAAUGAUGUCUUACCAAGAAUUCCGCAAGAGGGGUCUGUCGGGGCGAGUGGCGAUUUGACACCGUUGUCGUACAUUGGUGCGGUAUUGUGUGGAUAUAGAGAUGUUGUCUACAAGGGAGAAGUAAUGGAGGCGAAGAAAGCGUUGGAAAAGGUCGGAAUGACCCCACUCGUCCUAAUUCCGAAAGAAGCCCUCGCCCUGAUCAAUGGGACCUCCGCCAUGACGGGUGUAGCUUGUCUCGCAUACCAGCGAGCCCAGCAGAUAUCCCACCUCGCCACGCGCUUAACCUCCCUCACAAUUCUCGCCCUCAAGGGAAACCUUUUCCAUUAUGAUGAAACCCUGUUUUCCGUAAAGCCUCACCGCGGCCAACAGCGCGUCGCUGCCAGAAUUAGGCAAGACUUACUGGUCUCUUCCGCACCGAAGGAUUACAGCAAAGUGCACCGCAUCCAGGACCGCUAUUCGACUAGGUGCGCGCCCCACAUCAUCGGCGUCCUGGAAGACGUCCUCCCCUUCUGCAAGGGGGUGAUUGAAGCGGAACUAAACUCUGCGAAUGACAACCCCAUCAUCGACGUGGCCAAUGGAGGAAGUGUCUUUCAUGGCGCGAUGUUUUACGGGGGUCACAUUGCGAUGGCGAUGGACACGCUGAAGUGUCAAGUUGCCAACAUGGCGGACCUCAUGGAUCGACAAAUGGCCAGCUUGGUUGAUCCCAACUACAGCAAUGGACUUCCCGCCAAUCUGUCGGGAUGUGUGGGAGAAAGGGCAGCUAUUAAUCAUGGCCUGAAAGGAUUGCAGAUUAGCGUGUCGGCCUGGACGGCGGAGGCGCUGAAGGGAACAAUGCCCGCAUCGGUGUUUUCUAGGUCGACGGAAUGUCACAACCAGGACAAAGUGAGCAUGGGAACUAUUGCGUCGAGAGAUUGCGUCCGCGUCUUGGAGCUGACGGAGCAGGUGGCGGCGGGAUUGAUGAUUGCGGUGCGACAAGCCUGCACCAUUCGGGAGGAAAGGGAAGGCCUCGAGAUGGCAAUGUCGGAAGAGAGUAGAGAAUUUUUGAACGAGAUUAAGGCAAUGGCAGAGUUUGUGGCGGAAGAUAAGUUUUUGGAUCCCAUCGUUAGGAAAUUGGUGGGCAGGAUAAGAGACAGGCCACGAGCGUUAUAUUAGAGAGGAGUACAUUUUUAAUGGGUUAAUUGAAUUGAGAAUGAGUAUGUGUAAUCACUAAUUUUGAGAAUAUUUUGCAAUAAUAAAGGUAGCAUUUUAACACAAUUGAUUGUCUAUGCUUUUGAGCAAUUAGUUUGUUCCGAACGAGCACAUAAAUAAAUAUGUGUACAUAUA